CAAGCGUUCGCGGAGGAAGCAGGAGGACGGUAGAGCGAACAGAUGUAGAAAUGGCGGCUUGUGAGAUUGACGUGCAUAGUUCGUGUCGUUACGUUUUUAACAAAUGCAUGUUGUAUAAAGAAUAGAAUGUUCCGCGCGACGUUAAAUGCCAUCAAGUGACAUUGUGCCGAUCGCGUUGAACGAUAUGAUAGUUGGAUCGUGGAUCGGGAAAUCUUUUCUAGCAGCACACAUCGCUCAAGUCCAAGCAAGUAAGCACUACCUGCCGCCAUCCGAUUUUUUCCCGCAAUCUCGUCGCGAAUCAAAAACACACACUGACCGUUUUUGAUAUUAUUAGCCCUUGUCUAAUUUACAGGAAAAAAUGUCAGCUGAAUACAGUCGAAGCGUUUUAAAGAUAGUGGUCGCUCAGAUAUGUCAGACAAUUGGAUGGCAUUCUAUUAAUUCUACGCCACUGGAGUUUAUGGUAGACCUUAUGCAAGAAUAUUUCUUACGUAUCGCAAGGGUCACGCAUCAAUACGCAGAAGUUUUGGGCAGGACGGAUGCGAAUCUUGAUGAUGUAGGACUAGCGUUCCAACACAUGAACAUUGAUAUACAGGAAUUGAUCGAGUACGUAAAGAAUGUAGACUCCGUUCCGUGCGUCGUGCAGGUCCCGCAGUUCCCUGUUCGCCGUGAGAAUCACCUAAAUUUUUUAAAACCGGGUAGUCGCGAGGUCGUUACCAGGCCAGUGCAUGUACACGAACAUCUACCAGCGAUGUAUCCGGAUACCGAAGAGGAAUACGUACGUGCAGAGGACAAGAACGAGAGUUUAGUCAACGGUACGACGGAUGUGACAUCCAGCAGCGGCACAUCGUCGAGCAACUCGAACAACACGUCGCCUCACAGAACGUCACCGCAGGUGGUUUUCAAACGACCCGGCGACCCGGUGUCUUUUGAGAGUCCCAUAGUGAAGCGAGCGAAGGUCCUGGAGGAGGGCAGACCCUUACGCGAGAUAAGCAGCGUUAUGAUGACUACCUCCGGUUUUUUAUCACCCGCGCGCGAAGGAAAGCUACCUGAGGCGAGGACGCCGCACCAAGUGCGGUCGGAUUCACCGCAGCCGAGCUCCUAUCCGAUGGUGCCGCCCGAGCUCAAGUCCGACAAGAAGCCGAAGAAGGUCGUGAGGAAGAAUCCGGAGGACCGGAAGCUCGACAAGGAGAACAAGAAGAAGAAGGGCGCGAAGGAGCUGUUCAAGCCGGACAAGAUUGACGAGAGCAAGAUCAAGAAACUGGUCGGCAUGAAGGAGCUGGCCAAGCUGAAGCCGCUGAAGCCCGGCGGCGGGAAGACGCAGUCCACGACCCUGCAGGAGCUGACGGGUAGCCGGCCGUCCACGCCGAAGAUCGCGUCGCCGAAGACCGCGUCGCCGAAGGCGCUCGCCGGCAGUCCGAAGGCGCCGAAAGCCGCCCAGCCGAAGGCCAAGGCUGACAAGGUCAUCGAUCUGACGGACAGCUCCCCCGUCGCCGACAAGAAGGAGGAGACCGUCGACAAGCUGCCGUCGGAGCCGGAUAAGCAGAAAUUGAAUAUAUUCAAGAAGAUCUCGAAGCCGCGCGAGGAGAAGGACAAGGACAAGGAGACGUUGGAGCCGCAGAGGUACAAGGACCUGGCCCUCGACUCGCGCGAGAACUCGCCGGAAUUGAUCAUCGACAUCGAGAACACGGAGAAGCACGCGUCGCAUCGCAACGACGCGGACGCGAAGGGCGGACGCGAAGAGAAGAGGACGCCGGACGUGCACGCGCAACCGGACGGCGAUCUGGCGGACGUGCAGAGUCCGUCCUCGGAUGUCUACAUGUUCGACGACGCGGACAUUUCGCCGCCGGGUACGCCUAGUACGCCGAAAACGCCCGAGCUGAGCGUGCCCACCGUUGCGGAACAGAAGCGGAAGAAGAAAGAGAAGAGUGGUAAGAAGAAGGAGCCGAAAGUGAAGAAUGCGAAACAGUGCGUCAGUCCAAAGAAGACAAAGCUCGCGAACGACACGGCGGAAUUGGACAUACUGGAUCGACCGAAAACACCCCAGGCACCCGAGCCGCCAUUACCCCGAGAGCCCAUUCUCCCACCCACGCUCCCGUUUCCCUUCUUUCCCUCAUUCCCCUCGGCUCCCGGUUUAAUACCCCAUCCGCUGUUCCAUCCGCGAUUUCCUCUGCCUCUCGGCCGCGGUGGAGCAGGUCCGCAUCCGGCGAUGCCUAAUGUAGCACUGCCGCCACGUUUUCUCAAUCCUCCCGUGAAACCCGAGGAGUUUACGUUACCUAAGGUUAAAUCGGUGGAACGCGAGAAGCAGCCGUUGGUACCGGCGGCGUCGGUGGAGUUGACAGCCUCGUCGAUCCCGGUCGAGAAUGAAAAGGUCGACAAAGAAAAGGUGGAUAACAAACUUACAAAGGUGUUCAAACCGAAUAAGGAAUUGACUUUCAUGUCAAAAGUACCUGAGAGAAUGCCGCCCGCAGGCGUCGCACCACCUAUAAUGUCUGCACCUGUCGCACCAAUCACGCUUGCUACACCAACAGUCCCCGCUGCGCAAAUGCCACCAGCCAAAAAUCCUAAAGCUGAAAAAACCGAGAAGAAUGAUAUGAAAUCCAAGGAGCAUAAAAAGGAGAAGAAGGAUAAAUUGAAGAAGAAGAAGGAUAAGAAAGAAAAGCACAAAGAAAAAGGCGAGAAAGUGAAGGAGAAGAAGGAAAAGGCUGACAAACGCGAGAAAUUGGAAAAGCUUAAGGAGAAGAAAGAGAAGAAGGAAAAGAAGAAGGAAAAAGAUUCGAAUAAGAAAAAUAUGAAGGAGGAUAAAAAUCCAGAAACUCUCCCAAAAAUUACGUUAAAAUUAGGUACAGCUUCUCCUAGACCGGCAACGCCUGAAAACGCUCCUAUGAAAAAAAUAACGAUUAAACCACUCGUGAAAAAACCCGACGAGGAGGCUAAGCGGGAACCUAGUCCAGAGUUGGCGAAAAUAUCGGCACUGGUAACACGACCGCCAAAGCAAAAGUCAGCAAGUAAGAAAACAGAGGAGGGAAUAUUAGAUGGAAGCCCUGCUCUUCCUACAGAUUCUUUCUCUGCUAAUCUUACUAGCGUGCCACUUGCAUCAGCUCCUCGAGCAAAAAAGUCUAAUUUCCAAAAUCUAUCUCAAAGUGAGCUAAUAUCUCCACCUCACUUUGAUCCUCCUAAACUCCUGAACCCCUUAGUGCCGCCACAACAACCGCCAUAUUAUUUUGAUCGUGGCGGUCGUCAAGUGUGGAUAUGCCCCGCGUGCGGCAGCCAGGAUGAUGGCUCGCCGAUGAUUGGCUGUGAUGAUUGCGAUGCGUGGUAUCACUGGGUGUGCGUCGGUAUGCAGGUCCCACCAGCUGACGACGAGGACUGGUACUGUCGCUUUUGCAUAGCGAAGAAGCAGGAGCUGCUCCACGACAAGAAGAAGAAGAAGCGGAAGAAGAAGGUGAAAGUAACGGCCUAGUAUAAGCCAACCGGGUCCUGCGUGAGGCCCGGUGUCCCUAUACCAGUUGCUACCAAAGUUAAAACGAAGGACAAGAUCGGUGUUAAGAGCGUGAAGGCGAAGAAGGUGCCCAAGAGUGCAACUGACGUUAAGGUGCAAAUGAAAUCGUUGAAGGGGAAACCGAUGUCGGCGACGAAGGGAGGGAAGACCGCGAAGAAUCUAAUGAAAGUGAAGUCUGUAAAAAAAAAGUGAAACAUUAAAUAGUGCAAUGCAAUUUAUAGAUAGUAUAAAUUUUAUAUUUUGUACAUACAAAUUGGAUACAGACGUAAAUGGAACAGAGAUGUAAAUGAGAUCGAAAUGCUCUAUGCUAGCCAAUACGUAUCGAUAUUUCACAUUUGUAUUAAUAAUACCACCUGUUCGCGUUACGUUCUCGGUGAAAUUAGGAAAAUAAGAGGACCUCUUCGUAUUUAAGACACCAACACGAACGUUAUUAAUAGAAUUUUGAAAUAUCUUUAUUGGCUACGGGAAAAUCUUGUUUUCGGUUUUCUAUUUUCUAUACACGCUUACGUGCCGCGUCAUCGAGACAUUGUGUGGUUUAUCACACGGCGUAACAAAUUUGUAGUAUAUUUUCUUAGCUCGCCUUGAAUCGUACCUCUUUUUCACGUUGCGCUGGCAGACUCGAUAUAGGAGACACUUUGAAAGAUAUUUAAAACAAAAAAAUUAUGUCCAAUUUUUAAUCUGUAUUAUACGUAUUAUCAAUUGUGUAUAAUUAAUGAUGUAUUAGUCAUUGUUAUUAGUGAUAUAGGUAAUAAAUAUACAUUUCUUUUUUGUUACGCGUAUAAAUAUUAUAAUUAAUUAAUUAGCCGUAUGCACGGCGUACAUGUAUAUGUUAUAGUUUGCAGGUAACAAUUAAUCAAUUAACGGAAUAUUUUGAUAAUAAUUUUAUUGUCCUACAAUGAAUCGCUUCAUUAAUUUAUAUAAAAUAAUAAAUUAUAGAAUGCUGUAUAAUUGUGUUGCAUGUAAAAUAUCGUAUAAUUCUGAUGUGCACGUGAUAUUUAUGAACGGUGAGCCUGAUGAAGCUUCUGCGCGUAAAACGUAACGAUUACUAUUCAAAUUAAUAACAGCAAUAACGCCAUCAAUCUAUGAAACUUGUAACCGAACGAAAAACUGAGAUCAAGGUGUUACGAUCCGUACAAUUCUGCCUCUAAAAGAAUGAUUGAGCAUUGCUUGCGUUGAUUGAUUGGCAUAUUGAAUACAUCUGGUUUCUAUUGAUCAUACAGAGACGCUGAACCGUAAAAGGCACUUUUAACAAAUUUGUAAAAUUGUUACAGCUAAAGCAACGGCACACACAUUUUAGGAAUGAACAGUUACGUAUAAUAAUAAUAAAUGCUGCUGCUUGAGCGUGACGAUAUUCUGCAUUUGUUGCGGUGGGCUUUUACAACACGAUCUUGUAAAUGUAAACUAAAACGGAGUCUUGUUGAUUAUAAAUCACAAUCAUUGUGAGAUGUGUAUAUAUUAAUAAAUACAAUUCAUACAACAA